CCUGCACAAGUUCUUCACAAACCAAAACCAUCAACUAAAUUCUUUUAGCCAUGAUGAUGGUUCCCAGAAUAUUUUCUUUCCUUCAGUUUUCCACUCUCUUAUAUCUCUUCAUAGUUACUUCUGCUUCCACUGAGGAAGCAACUGCUCUCCUCAAAUGGAAAACAACUCUCCUAAACCAGAAUCAUUCCUUAUUGGCUUCUUGGACAUUAAGUACUGAUGCAUGCAGGGAUUGGUAUGGAGUUAAAUGCUUAAAUGGUAGGGUAAACAAGUUGAAUAUUACAAAUGGUAGUGUCAUUGGCACACUCUAUGAUUUUCCAUUUUCAUCAAUCCCUUUUCUUGAAUUCGUUGAUCUUAGCAUGAACCAACUCUCUGGUACCAUCCCACCAGAAAUUGGAAAGCUCACUAAUCUUGUCUAUCUUGACUUGUCGGUGAACAAUCUUUUUAGUGGUUCAAUUCCAAUUACUCUAGGUGACUUAACUGAACUCAAAAUAUUGUACCUUUAUCAUAACCAACUUUCUGGUCCCAUUCCUAGUGAAUUGGGGAGUUUGAAAAACCUCAGUGAUUUGGAAUUAUCCAAUAAUCGGCCAAUUACUUGGUGA